AUGGAACUUCAAAAUCUUAACUUUGUUCAAGAUUUAACCCCUGACAAUAAUUUCUGGCAUAUGAAGGCUAGAAUAAUCAGAAUGUGGGAGCAAACCUUUAAGCUUGAUAUGAUCCUUAUCGAUGAGAGGGGUCACAAAAUUCAGGCCAUUGUUAAAAAGAGCUUGCUGCCAGAUUUUCAGGAAUACUUUGAGGAUGCGGUGGUUGUCACAAGAAGAUUUGGAGUUGGCGUGUAUCUUCCUUCCAAGGCCAUCCCUAUGGCUUUGAUUUCGUCCCUUUUACUGCCAUCAAUGAGAACACUGCAUCAGCAAGACAAAGACACACUGAUUGCUUGGUGUGGUGACCUUGAUAUCUUUAAGUCGUCUGGGAGAGAAAACAAAAGGGUGAACUUUGAUCUACGGGACUUAGAUGUUCAAGUUGUUAAAUGCACUCUUUGGGGAAAAUAUGUUGAGCAAGUGAACAAGUUCAUAUCCUCAAACAAAUCUGUUAAGAUGGUUAUUUGCAUCCUCCAACAUGCCAAACUUAAGUAUUUUAAUAGAGAAAUUACUGUUCAGAAUGACAUGUAUGGGACACGUCUUUUCCUCAAUGAAGACAUUGAUGAGGCGAAUGACUUUAGGAGGAGUUACGAUCACCAUCCCCUCCUUAUAGAGAGGGAUGGUGCUGCUACUCAAACUGCUCUGUCAUCGCAGACCGUUUACCCCUUUAACAAUGAAUUUGUUGUCGAUACCGAGAAGAAAUACGUUUAUGAGAUCAGAGAGUGUGUAAAGGAACAACAUGUCGUUGUGGUUGCUACCAUUAGGAUGCUGGAAGAAGAACAUGGCAGGUUUUACAUGGCGUAUCGGCGACAUGGAAGGAAGGCUUUAACUAAAGAAGAGUAUCUAGAGCAGUCUGAGGAGAUCCCGUCUCACUUUCUCGAGGCUCCUAUGGACAGCUUAUGGUGUCUCGCCUGCCAUGACAUCCCAACAUCUUUGGUUCCAAAGUUCAAAGUUCAAUUUAGGGUGCAAGACCACACUGGUACCGAGUCUUUUGUCAUGUUUGACAAGGACGUUAGUAAGGUUGUUAGGAUGUCUGCUAAUGACAUUCGAGAAAGGCAACCAGCUUCAGGCGAUACCGAGUCUUACCCCCGUGAAUUGGAUGUUUGUGACGAUCCAGAUAUAAUUGUUGAGCUGCAAGCCAAGGAUGCACCUGAUAAGGCAAGCCAGGAUAAAACUAACUUCAGUUCUGUUAAGCUUGGAGAAUCCUCACAGACUUUAGCCGAUUCCAAAGUGGCAAGCCAGGAUCAAACUAAAUCCAGUUCUGUUAAGCUUGGAGAAUCCUCACAGACUUUAGCUGAUUCCAAGGAUGCUUCAUCCUUUACCGCAGACUCUUUGGCUUCCGACCUCGCAAAGGCCUCCCCGACAACUCCUGGUGAAAAAAGGGUUGCGCCGCUUUUUGCUGUUGAAAAUUCCGUUGGUGAACUUUCGACCUCCAAGAAAUUGAAGAAGAAACUACAAGCAUAA